ACGUAUUUGCGGCAGCAUGAACAUUCGGAGCGUGCUUGCCGUCGCGUCGGCCAUGGCCACGUCGGUCGCCGCCGGCCUCUGCAACGCUGUCCAGCCCGUCUCGUACUCGGAGGCAACCAAGAACGCCGCCUUCAUCCCGGCCAUCAACGAGCUCAAGAAGCACGCUGUCGGCAGCUGGUACUCGGACCGCGCCCACGGCGACCAGAUCGACGCUCUCAUGAGCCAGUGCGGCAACGACAUCCCGGUCAUCGUCAUCUACGGCCUGCCCAACAAGGACUGCGGCGACGGCGGCUACUCGAACGGCGGCAGCAACAAGGACGCCGCUGCGUACGCAAGCUGGAUCCAGUCGCUCGUCGACCGCGUCGGCCAGAAAGAAGUCAUCUACGUGGUCGAGCCGGACGCCAUUGGCCUCAUCUCGGGCAACGCGUGCGCCGUCGCCAACAACUACGAAGCCAACUUGAAGGUCGCGAUCCAAAAGAUCUCGACGAACGCCAAGGCCCACAUCUAUGUGGAUGUGGCGGCGUGGUCGACGCAGAAGACGGCGGUCGAUGCGCUCAACCGGCUCAAGUCGGCCGGCCGCAUCAACGGUAUUGCCGUUGACACAUCCAACUACCACGGCACCAACGAGAUGGUGUCGCUGUGCCAAUCGUACUCGAGCGCGACCGGCGGUCUCCACUGCGUCAUUGACACCUCGCGCAACAGCAACGGGUCGCCGCAAAACGAAUGGUGCAACGCCAAGUCGGCAGGUAUCGGCGCGCCGCCGACGGACCAGACGGGCAACUCGAUUGUCGACUACUACUUGUGGCUCAAGGUUCCGGGCGAGAGCGACGGUCAGUGCACCGACAGCGGCCGCACGUCGGACGCGAUGAAGGGUCCGGCAGCAGGUCAGUUUUACCCGGAGGGCUUCCAGUCGUUGUGGGACAAGGGCUUCUUUGUCAAGAGCGGUCAACCCGCGAUCGGUGCGCCGCAGCCGCAGCCGUCGCCCCAGCCGAGUCCGUCGCCCAGUCCGUCGCCUCAGCCAUCUCCCCAGCCAAGCCCGGCGUCGUCGCCCGCUCCAUCACCGUCGCCGUCGCCCGCCCCAUCGCCGUCGCCGUCGUCGCAGUACCCGACACCUGCCCCGUCGCCGAGCCCAAGCCCGGCGCCUUGGACAGAAGGUCCGUCGCCCAGCCCGUCGUCGACGAACGCACCGUCGCCAGGCCCAUGGACCGAUGCACCGAUGACCACGUCGGUGGCGCCGUCGCCGGGCCCAUGGACCGAUGCACCUGUGCAGGCCGAAGCAAGCUCGGUGACAACGGCCCCGUCCGUGACGCCGUGCACCAUGACGCCGUGCCCGUCCGCCGAUGGCUCGUCGACGCCGUGUCCUGGCAUGACGACGCCGACACCUUCCAUCCGGUCGGGUACGACGACACUGGCGCCAGCGGUGACGGCCAACGUCCGUAGCGGCGCGGACGAGGCGUCUGGCUCGGGCAUCUUUGGGUACAUCAUGGCCGGUGUCGUCGCCGUCGCCGGUGUCGUCGCCGUCGUCCUCAUUGUGCGCGUCGUGCGCCGGCGCAUCAGCGACAACAAGCGCAUGGACUAUGACGGCCGUCCGUCACAAGAGAUCGUCGUCUUCACACCGGGCGGGGACCGCAUUUUGUAAUCGUCCUUGCGACCGUGUGGAUGUGUUCAGUCGCUAGAAUUAGUUAGUAGGUAGUAGUAAUCUAUUGUUGAAUGUAUCGCAUUUGUUGUAACC